GCGCUUUGAGGCUUCUGUCCAGCCAACAUUGAGCUCAGUUUGUCAAUAAAGUUUCUUUGACAGUUAAGCUGUUAUCACGUUGUGCGCAUGCGCUCUGUGUCAGUACUGCAGAGAGGAGUCCCGCAGCAGCUCAGUGCAGGAAUGUCAUUGAAGUCUGGGUUCAGGACUACAAACACCCAGUCCUGCUCUCAUUCCGCGUUCCUAUCUGGAGUCAGUGUGUCUGUCUUCGUCCGUUAAACUUCCGGUAAUGUCUCCAGCUCGGUGAAGGACUGUCUGCCCUCCUGAGGUCUGCUCGGGACUCUGGUCUUCGUCAUGGCCUCCCUGACCCUCAGCUCGGCGGCUCGGAGCCUCGAGAAGCAUCGGAAGUCCUUCUCGCUGCUCUUCUAUCGGGCCGUGCGGGACUUGAAGCCGGUCUGGCUGCUGGAGGACAUCCGGACCAUGGAGACGUUCUACCCGGAGGAGGACGCCGGUCAGAGGACCUACACCCCGUCCGAGGCUCUGCUCUACGCGAUAGUCCACGACCACCAGCCGUACGCCCGGUACCUGCUGAGCCGGUACACCGAGGAGGCGUUAGCGAAGCCCGGGGAGCGCUUCUGCUGCUGCCCGUCCUCCGCCCCGCAUCUCAGCAUGGCAGUCCGCUACGACCGGCGCUACAUCCUCGGCCUCAUCCUGCAGGAAUCUCACCGGGUCCCCAGCACGCCCCCCUUCACGGACCAGACCGGCUGCUUCCAUAUGGAGGACGGGAGGACCCCUCUGCAUCUCGCCUGUGAGCUCCAGCGACCCGAGGCUGUGGUCAUGCUGCUGGGGAGCGGAGCCACCCCGCACACCCAGGACCACAACGGCCUGACCCCGCUGGACGUGGUCCUGGAGAAGCUCCGGGACUCGGGGGCGGGGAGCGGCGGGGGGGACGGGAGGCAGUGUCUGGACCACCUGCUCAUGUUCAUGCCCCAAGUCCGCUUUAAGAUGGAGGUAGCUCUGAGCAGGGAGCCGGAGAGCUGGACCAAGGUCCUGGGGGAGGAGACGUACAAGUAUCUGUCAGGACGGAGCCCCGCACCCCUGGUCCUCAGCUCCAUGCAGACUGUCCUGAAGCAGCUCAGCCCCUCGAGCUUCCCGGACUGCCUGCAUGAGCUGCCCAUCCCCUCCUCCCUGAAACCCCCAGGUCUGCCUGCGAGCCAGAGGGACAGGCAGAGGCCGGUGUAGCAUCAGAGACUCAUGAUGCAUGCUCUGUGGAUCUGCUUUUGCAUGAUGUGUGUGUGAGUGUGUUUGCAGAGCCUGGGAGGCUUUGAAGCAGAAAUAUGAGGCUGGACCAGUAAACCCUGACAGCCUGGGACUACAGAAGGAUCUGAAAAUGUGAGCUGCUAGAGGUCGACUCCACUGUCCUGUCUGCAGAGGGAAUACACAGCCAUAAUCUGAGACCUAAUCUAGCUCCUUCAGUCUAUCAGUCUAACCUCAUCCUGAAGUGUUACUAACAUGUACUACUGCUGUUCAAAGCUCUGUGUUCUUUCAGAGGAGAGAAACACUGAUAACACUCUGAACUGUGUUCAUGUUGAUUAUUUAUUCUGCUCGUAUUUAACAGUAGCAUUGAACAAAGUGAUCUGAUUGAUCAUUUUAAAACAGGUGACUUCAAACUCUUUGGAUGACUGAUUACUUUCAAUAAAUUGGAAUCCAAGUGUUGA